AGCUUAGCUUAGUGAGGAAGGGAAGCCUUUACCCUCUACCCAUCACAGCAACAACACCGCAGGUGGAGAGUUAGAGACUGGAACUAUCAGACUCUUUGGCCGUCGCCGGAGAAGAUAAACCCAUUAACCCACACGGGUUAUCCGUUAAGAGUGACGCCAUGGACAUUGAUUUCUGGGCUUCUAGGGUUGACUCCGCCAAGCAUCUCACUGCUAUGCAAGCUGCCAGACUCAGCUCUGAAAACCAUUUGAGAAUGGAUGAUUAUGAAGGAGAUGAUGACGUAAGGGCUUGCUUCCCCUGUCCCUUCUGUUAUUUGGAGAUAGAAGUUCCGGUGCUUUGUGCUCAUCUACGAGAAGAACAUUGCUUUGAUGUAAAAAAUGCGGUAUGCCCUGUAUGUGCAGAAAUUUUAGGUAAAGACAUGAUUGGACAUUUUACAGUGCAGCAUGCCCAUUUGUUGAAGAGGAGGAGAAAAUCUCAAAGAUCAGGCGUAUGGAAUAAUAGUUCAGUGAUGCUUGGAAAGGAACUACGAGAAUUGAGCUCAUUUCUUGGGGCCGCUUCUACAAAUGGUAGGGGAAGUGCAACUGACUAUGUACCUGAUCCAUUGCUCUCACCAUUUCUAUGCAGUAUAGUUAUUCCAGACACCAAUGGUGAUCAAGAUAAACACUCCAAAAAUGACUUAUCUGCUUCUUCUGACAUGAAAAGCAUGGAGCCUUCUGCAUCAGAUAAAACUCAGGAACAGGAUUUUGGAGAAAGAAACCAGAGGGCUGAGUUCUUCCAGCAGUUGGUCCUAUCAACCAUUCUCUGAAGCAUUUUACCUGUCCAAUGGAGUUUUGAAAUGCAUUAAAGAAGUGAAAUAGGUCUUUACCCUCAUCAAGCCAUGGCUAGGUCUCCUGGACCCCAAAUACUAAAGCAGCUGCAAUUUGCUCUUUCUUGAAUGUUAUUAGAAAUAGCAGUGGCGUGGGUCAUAACACGUCUUCCUUUGUAGUUAAGGCAAUGUAUAUCAAAUUUGUAUAUUUGUUUUGUAAUCUGAACAAGAGGCAGAAGCUGCAGAACUCAUUUACUGGUGUUAACCCAGUUAAAGCUUUCCAUCAAA